AUGCCGCCUAAAAGAACAACGAGAGCUGCCAGCAAAGCGGCCCACGAGGACCAAGGGCCAGCUGACAAAGAGGCCAAGGAAAGGAGUCGGGAGACCAAAAGGAACCGAGAAGAAGGCAACGGUAGAGAGCAGCGAGCGCAACGAGCCGGUGCGCAAAAUCAGGCGAGCCAUCGUCGAAGAGCAGCCACCACCACCGAGGCCGACAUCGCCGAUCAUCGAGGUUCGUCGAAGCGAGAGCGCGAUCAACCAGCCUCGGAGACGACGAGACAGCGGCAGCUCGGCGGAAGGAGAUCAGGGAGGUUAAAGUCGGCGAAAGCAUUGCCUGAAUUCUCGGGGAAUAUACUCGAGUGGUUCUAUUUCAAGAAAACAUUCGAAUUAACGUCGGAACUCAGGGAUUAUAGCCCGCAGGAAAACGUCACGCGUCUCGUCGCGGCUCUCAAGGGGAAAGCGCGCGAAACCGUCAGCAUGCUGCUGGCGACGACCCGCGAUGCAUCGGAGGCCAUGCGGACCUUAGAAUUACAUGUCGGGGAUAAACGAACGAUCGCCACGAAAAUCGUGCACGAAUUGAAAGAACUUCCGGCACUAGGUUCGGGCAAGAUCAAGCUCACGCAUUUCGCGAGUAAAUUAAAAAACGCAGUAUCGGCGCUCAAAUCGCUUAAAUUGAAGGGACACUUGCACAAUCCGAACCUGAUAGAUUGUAUCGCGAAGAAACUACCGUUCGCGCUAAAGUACGGGUAUAAUUCGUACGCGGAAUCGGUCGUAGAAGACGAGGCGAAAUUGGAAACGCUGUCCAAUUUUUUAUUUCACGAGGCGGAAAAAGCGGUCGCGGGAGGAAUAUUCGAUUUAGAAGAGGUAGCGUUCGAAGACACCGCGGAAGCUCCGAGGAAAACGGCGCCGAGAAGGGUCGGCAAAGCGUUCGCGGUGGUCACCGAGUAUAACGACGAAGCGGGGUCAUCGGGAACGAGUUAUACGCGCGCCGCGAGCGGUAAAACGCGCUCUUGUGAAAUAUGCAACAGAGAUAACAACGGGGUCGCGAAAUGUAAGGCGUUUGUGCGCGAGGGUGUAGGUAGGCGACGAUUCCUGGCCCAAAAGAAUGGCCUAUGCUACCGAUGCUUAGGUUCGGGACACGUGGGGGCAAAGUGCAGGAGCAGAAACUGCACGAUAUACAGAGGAGGUCACCAUAUCCUACUACACCGUUGCUGCGACCAUUGA